CUUAGUUCUUGUCUGAAACACUCGGUAACUUAAUAUUAUUUAUAAAUAAUUGAUUACAAAAGUAAAGAAAAUGAUUUGUCGGUUUCGGUGUUGGACUUUUGCUUCAAAUGCUUUUCUACAAAAAAGUUCAGUGUUAAAUGCAACAAAUUGUAUUAGAACUCGAUCUCGUGGUGCAAUAUCAAGUUUUUCCCUCGUUCGCCAUAUGAAGACAUUAGACAAGCCUAAAGCAUCAGAUAUAGAAGAUGCACUUCAAAUAGAGGCAAAUUUAUUUGAAAAUUCAUCUUUAAUAAAUAAACCAGUAACAUCUAAUAAAUUUCGAAAUCAAAAGCCACAAGAUUUUCAAAUAAAAAAAUUUCCGAAAGUUAAAGCGAGUUCAAGUCUCAAUAAACCGAAUCACAAAAUCAUUGAUGAUACCGAAUUGGGUUUGCAAUUUAUUAAAACAAGUUCUGUAAAUGAUCCGAUAAUUACUAAGAUAAUGACUGAUGUACGUUCCAGAAAUCGAAAAGACAAGAGAGGUUACUUUGUAUUAGAGGGAGCACGUUUAAUACGAGAUGCGCUUAAUUGUCAAAUUCCAUUGGAAACUUUAAUUUUUAGCAAAAAAGAGGAAUUAGAGAAAUUAAAAACAGAAUUGGCAGAUGCACAACGUAAUUUUCAAACCAAAAUUUAUAAGGUAGCUUAUCAUGAUAUCAAAAUUUGGUCAACUCUUACCACACCACCUGGUAUAAUGGCAAUAUUUAAUCAUUCCAAUAAGGAAAAGAUUGCCAUUAAGUCAGAAGAACCAAUACUUCCUAUAACUGUAAUAUGCGAUAAUAUAAGAGAACCAAAUAAUCUUGGCAGCAUAAUACGUACAUGUGCAGCUAUACCAUGUCAACAGAUAAUUGUUACAAAAGGUUGUUGCGAUCCCUGGGAAUCCAAAGCUCUGCGCGGUGGUUGCGGUGGUCAAUUUAGAGUACCAAUUAAGGAUAGGGUUGAUUGGGAACAUAUACCUUUGCAUAUACCACCAGAAACGGCUCACGAUUGUCAUGUAUUUAUAGCAGAAAAUAAUCUAGAAAAAUUAAAAAAUAAUAAAAACAACAAAGGUUAUUUAGAUGUUAAAGAAAUUGGUGCCCACAACAUUGUUAUAAUUGGAGGUGAAAGUCACGGUGUCAGUUCAGAUGCCUACAAGUUAAUGGAGAUUGUUGGAACUAAAGGACAAUGUUUACAUAUUCCAUUAGCAAAUGGUGUCGAAAGUUUAAACGUGGUUUCAGCUCUUACUUUAAUACUUUACGAAUUAAGGAAAAAUAUAAUUAAAUUGGACAUAAGCGCUGACAAUUAUUAAAGUUAAUUCCUUUUAUA